AUGAAGGUUCUCUACGCCCUCGCUGCUUUUGCUAGCUGCACUUUGGCACAGAAUGCUUUGAUCUUACGUCCUGAAGCUGGCCAGGUGGUGGCCCCUGGUGACGAUCUCGUCGUCCAGGUCCUGCUCCCUGACACUACUUCGUCCGAUACGCAAAUUGGUCUCGUAAUUGCCCUUGCCGAUUGCGCCUACACCUGCUACCUUCCCAAUAUCGGAAUGGGUACAGUUCUUUACAAUGGUGCAUUUGACCCCGUGUAUCAUGAGACCUACUUGCCACCUUAUCAGAAUUUCACCGUCACUGUUCCUUCGAAAUUCCCAGCAGGAAACCUUCAGGUCAAUGUGGCCCAUUUCUCCUUGGUCGGAGCUGGUCCGACACCUGUCAUGGAGACUUUCAACCAGACUAUUGUCGUUACUUAG